GAAUAUAUAAUUAAGGAGAGAAGAAAAGGCCAGAAAAAUUGGAGCAAAGAUUUAUGCCAUAGCCAUCCUUGAAACUAUAAGCAGAGAAGAAUAUUCUUGUUUUGAACAAGAAGAGAGAGAGAGAGAGAGAGAGAGGAUAUAUAAAACCAAAGAAAAGGAUAGAGAAGAGAGAAAUAGAUGGAUCCAAUGAUGGGAAAGGGUGUGUUUAUUCCAAGUGUGAGACUGAUGGAGGGGCAGCAGAUGCCAGUCAUGGGGAUGGGGACAGCGUCGAUAUCGGCGGAGGAAGUGACGAAGGCAGCGAUCUUAGAAGGAAUGAAGGUGGGAUUUCGACACUUCGACACAGCGUAUUCGUACGGGACAGAAAAACCAUUGGGAGAGGCGAUUAGAGAGGGUAUUGAGAUGGGAAUUGUGAAGAGUAGAGAAGAGUUGUUUAUCACUUCCAAGCUUUCCCCUGCGUUUGCUCAUCCUUCCCUUGUUCAUGAUGCCAUUCACGCUACUCUCAAAAAUUUGAAAAUGGAGUACGUAGAUAUGUACUUGAUCCACAUUCCAUUGAAGACAAAGGGUGAGGUGAGAGGAAGAGCAAUUGGAAAGGAUGAGAUUUCAGAAAUGGAUGUGAAGGGAGUUUGGGAAAUGAUGGAGAAUUGCAAAAGCCUUGGCCUCACCAAAGCCAUUGGAGUUAGUAAUUUCUCUAUUCAAAAACUCACUCACCUUCUUUCCUUUGCCAAUGUCCCACCAGCACUUAAUCAAGUGGAGAUGAGCGCAAGUUGGCAUCAGAAAAGAUUGAGGGAGUUUUGUAAAGAAAAAGGGAUUCAUGUCACUGCCUAUUCUCCUUUAGGUGCAGCUGGGACAAGUUGGGGCCAUAAUCAAAUUGUGGAAUCUCAACUUCUUUCUCAAAUCGCACACACCAAGGGAAAAACAACUGCACAGGUUGCAUUGAGAUGGGUGUACGAGCAAGAAGUGAGCGUAGUGACAAAGAGCUUCAACAAAGAGAGAAUGAGGCAAAACGUUGAUAUCUUUGAUUGGUCAUUGAAUGAGGAUGAAUUAGCAAAGAUCAACCAACUCCCUCAGCACAGAGCGAUUGUUUUUGCCAACAUCUUUGGUCACCAUGAUCUUGUACUUGACCUUGAUGCUCAACUCAAUCAUCCUCACCCUUGAAUCACUACUUUUUCCUUCCAUUUGUUUUGGUCGGGAGUGAUUCUUAAAUCGUCAUGAAAAUUACUUUUGACAUUUGAGAAUCACUCAACAAAAUGCUUUUAGUCAUUUAAGAUCAAUUUUUAUCGCAUGAAAAUUGUGUUUAGUAGUUUUGAAUUGAUUUUGUAUCAUCAAAUGUGUAUUUUUGAUUGAUUUUAA